AUGACAAGAACAACUCGUAUAGAUACACAAGAAGCUACAAAGCAUAAGGAUUUACCACCAGUGCCUUCACCAUUAUCAUUAUCAUCGAAUCCAAAUCCAGAAUGCCUAAUGGAAUCCAAAAGUCUAGGUAGGAAGAACUUCAAAAAGCUUUCACUAGAUGCAUCUCCAGUCAAAUCAACAAGCGGUAGCCUAAGGAGUUCUGAUAUGAUGCUGAUAAAGGAGCCGACUUCUUUACGACAAAAGAGACAACGCCCGCCACCUAUACUUCAUUUACCCACUGCAUCUUCAUCUGCUACGUCCACUCCAACAUCCAAUAUAACAGGGUCUUCAUCAGCUUCUUCUAUACAAUUUGCACAGAAAUCCCCUGGGUCAGGUGUAAUUGUGAGUCAAACAUUGAGCCGACCUUCAAGUGCCGGAGGCAUUCCAUCUUCAGGUUACUCUUCAUUGAACGUCAAUCAAAGCAAUAGGAAUGUUGAUCCAGAUAAUGUGGUUUCCACCGAUAUGAUAUUAAACCAAAUAUCCAAUUUAGAUUUAACAAGUAUGAACCAUCAUCGCCAGCAUUAUCAAAAUAGCCAUCACCAUCUUCCAACAACCAAUCGUAAACGUCAAACUGUCAUUUCCUCAAUAUCACCAACAAAAUCAUCAGCAGCAUCAUCUCUGUUGGAACCACAAAUUCAACUGUUGCCAGCUUCAUCGCAGUCUCCUAUUGCCACUACCAGUUCAUUAAAGUUAAACAAUAAAGAUUUGUUGACGUUAAAACAGUUGGGAUCAGGAAACUCAGGAUCGGUGCUGAAAAUCUUACACAUCCCCACCCAAAAAACAAUGGCGAAGAAAAUCAUUCAUAUUGAUCUGAAAAGUGUGAUACAAACUCAAAUCAUCCGUGAAUUGAGAAUACUACAUGAAUGCCAUUCUCCUUAUAUCAUUGAGUUUUAUGGAGCUUGUUUGAACAAUAACAACACGAUUGUUAUUUGUAUGGAAUAUUGUAAUUGUGGAUCAUUAGAUAAGAUAUUGCCCCUUUGUGAAAAUAAACAAUUCCCUACUUUUGUUUUGAAGAAAUUAUCGUUUGCCAUUUUAUCUGGGUUGACUUAUUUAUAUACCACUCAUAAAAUCAUUCAUCGUGACAUCAAACCAAAUAACGUGUUAAUGACUCAUAAAGGGGAGUUUAAAUUGUGUGAUUUUGGUGUAUCUCGAGAAUUGACCAAUUCAUUGGCCAUGGCCGACACUUUUGUCGGUACUUCUAUGUACAUGUCUCCAGAAAGAAUUCAAGGGUUGGACUACGGAGUCAAGUCAGAUGUCUGGUCAACAGGAUUAAUGUUGAUAGAACUUGCCAGUGGCGUGCCAGUAUGGUCGGAGGAUGAUAACAAUAAUGACGACGAUGAGGAUGACGAAGACGAUGCCUAUGUUAGGCAAGGAUCUAUAGCAGCAGAAAGAAACGGGCAAAAUAGUCCAAGCAGAAGCAGAAAGAAUAAACAAAAAGGAAAUGGUUACAAUUCAUAUAAUGGACCAGAAGGUAUAUUAGAUCUAUUACAAAGAAUAGUCAAUGAAGAUGCCCCUACAUUGACAAACAAAAUCAAUCCUGUGACAAAGUUGCCAUAUGACAAAUAUUUGUGUCAAUUUAUUGAUUUGUGUUUGAUUAAAGAUGAUUCAGUACGAAAGACUCCUUGGCAAUUACUUGAAGACAAAGAACAUUUUUUCAAAGGGGUCGAAGAAGGUGUUUAUGACAAAGAACACAAGAGCUGGGCGAAAAAGAUCAGAAAAUGCAAAGUGUAA